AUGGAAGAUGCUGUCCGUCUAGAUGAGCAGGCGUUUAAGGCGAUGUACGAGAGAGGAUAUUGCACGUGGUUCAGUCUUUAUCAGACGACGGCGGCAGAAAACAAAACCCAUCCCCCUUGGUGGGAUUCCAUGUUUCGGCUCGAUCAUCCUACUUUUCCAAAAGAACUUGCGAUAGACGCGUCAUUCUCCAACACUGCUCUUGCAAAAGGGACAUCUACGUGGAAAACCUCUCAGGGGAGUUGCGAUCUACCAUCCUUUGAUCAAGAAUUCUUUAUCCCAAUCGCGUCAGAUAGUCCAGUCACACUUGAUAUUUCGGAGCAGCAACAGCCUGCGUCCGCGUUCCAGCCAUCACUUUUUGAGGAUGACGACCAUAUUGCUCUGCUCGUACUUGCAUGGACCUACAUUCUUUCUGCCCGAUGGGCCGAGAUCAUUCCCGGCGCGUCUGCCCCCGAGUACAGCAAUUUCGAGGCCGAAUGGGAUCUUGGAAAUACCCACUGUGGAGUGACGCCUACAAGUUCCACCAAAUUGAUCAUAGAUCUGGGCAAUGUUGGUGAUGACGCCGCUCGGUGGUGGGCAGCGGUCCUCGCCCUGGAAGGCGGUUGGAACGCAUCUAUUCCCAGCGACAGAGGCGACAUCCUCCACUCCCCAUGGUCUACGAAUCUGAUAUCAGAAAAACGCUUUACUCUUUCACGUAGAUCUAAAUCUCGACUCCUUCCAACUCAACAUCCUGCGGCAUCAUUCCCCGCCGCAUUGCAUUACCUUUCCAGCUACUGUGAACUCCACAAUAUUGCUGAACAAAUGCACGCCGCUUUGGCAGCAACAUUACUGCUUCCUGUAGCCAGAUUCGACAACAGAAAGAUCCAAUUGCCGACUCCUCAAGUUCGACGUAAGGUACCGGUUGAAGAGAACAUCCGCAAAACCUCUUCAUGGAGUGGGAAUCUCAAUCAACUCGACAAGCUCCUCACUCUAAGCUGCAACGCUGUUGGAACGAAAGCCCUUCUCAACAGCGUCUUCUUUGAGCUUUCCGUGGAAUGUAAUAUCUGCGGCACAUGGUUGCAAGGCACCUUUGCGUUUCUCGACUCAGAUAUCAUACAGGACCGGCAUUCCCUUCUACGUGUUUUGAUGGAGCGGGAUGUGAGUCUGGGAUUUUUAUGGCUUGGUGCGUUCAUCAUCGGAGCACAGACACGUGCCUUUCAAGAAGCCCGUCUGGGCUGGUGGAAAAUUGACCUUCAUGUUGCAGCAUGGACUGGCACCCUCAUGUCUUUUAUACAGCAGCCUGUGUCAACACUGCUCCCUGGGACAGGAGAAAUUUUACGUGCUGACGAAUGCCGCUUGAUGUACCUCUCCCACGACCAAUCUUAUAAGGUUGCCCCGCUCUUCCCGUUCGCUCCAUUCGGUUCAACGUUAUUGACCGACGCGAAUAUCGAUGUUCGUCAACAUGCACAAUGUGGGGCAAACCACAGUCUCGAGUACGAAGGGUUGACCUGGCGUUGUUUGGGCGGCGAGCGCAUUGCCACUUUGCAUCUCCGUAAAGCUUCCUUACGUGCCAAAAAUGGGAAUCCCGAAUGCAACAAUAUCUUCAUCGAUUACGACAGCCUCGACAACGAGGAUGAUGACUGUUCAGAAAUGGUGACUCGGAAUAUUUUCACUUGGCUGCGAGAUGAGGAUGGCUUUCCCGUUGCCGAGAGGGCCAUUCGUGAACAUGCGUGGAUAGAUAACUUGGACUCGGACGAUGAUGAACCCAUUAAGCCGGGAACUGUAGCCCAUACGGUGGGUUUCCAGUGA